CUCACAUGACUAUUUGGUAUAAAUGAGCAACUUAGCAUUGUUCUCUCCCGACUGAGAUUUCAAAGCCAACCCCCUCCACCAAACCCAACCCUUAACAAAUUCAAUUCAAACAUUUUAUAAAACAAAAUCUCCUAUUUUUUCUGAGAGCUACUCCUACUUCUCCGAUCAUAAAAAAAUAAAUAAAAACCAGAAAAAUAGUUCCUUUGCUUUUCAUAGUUGUUUUUUAUUUUUUAUUGGAAAAGCUUCGAUCUUUACUAUAUAUUGAAGAUCUACCGCUCUGGGUUUAACUUACUCAACCUUUUCAGAAACCACUUGAAUUUUCACCAUGAUCUACUCUGUGAAGCAAUACUCCGCCGUGACAAACGGGUCCGACAUCUUUCUGCGGCGGAGCACACGGCCGACACAGGUGCAACGAUCACUGCUUUUUCCGUCUCUUCAGGUGCAAAAGACUCAGAGACGAGUAAUGUCGGUCCAAAGGGCCUUGCACCUGUCUGGAAUCGGGAGUCUUGUUGGGUUGCUAAAGCCGACUCGAACAAGUGUGAACAAAUGUCAGGCGUUCGAGGCCGACCGAUCACAGCCGAUCGAGUCCAACGUCGACAUUGCGAAUGUCGACGCGAAAGUGGAGGCGGCAAAGAAGCUGAAGAUCGGCGUAUAUUUUGCUAUGUGGUGGGCGCUGAACGUGGUGUUCAAUAUAUACAAUAAGAAGGUGUUGAAUGCUUACCCCUUCCCAUGGCUUACCUCCACUCUGUCUCUGGCAUGUGGGUCUUUGAUCAUGCUGGUCUCCUGGGUCACCAGGAUUGCUGAGGCCCCCAAAGUUGAUAUGGAGUUCUGGAAAGCUCUGUUUCCUGUGAGUUGCUGUGCACAUACAAUUGGGCAUGUUAGCAGCUACGUAGUGAUAAAAGGUUGGAGUUUCUUCACCCAUAUCAAGAGUGGAGAGCCAGCUUUCAUUGUAUUUGGUUUCAGGUUCUGCUUGGGCGAGUGUUUCCCUAUAUCAGUCUACCUGUCCCUCCUUCCAAUCAUCGGUGUUGCGGUCUUGCGCCUGACAGAGCUUAAUUUAACUGUUUCAGGAUUCAUGGGGGCCAUGAUAUCAAACUUGGACUUUCUAUUUCGACAGAAGGGCAUGAAGGGGAAGUCUGUUAGCGGAAAGAACUGA